GUCGCCGUGGCGGAGCGCGGCAGCCUAGAGUAGCGGUAGCAGCUGUCACCUGGGAGAACACCCCAGCGUGCUGCUGUGCACGGAACGUUUGUGGGUUCCAAGUGCAAAGCACCGUCGUCGCGAGCCGCUGUGUAGCAUACUGCCCUCUGCUGGGCGCGGGGCUCAGUGCGGCGCGCCGGGCCGACUUGGCGGGGUGAAGGAGGGUGAGGUGCUGGGGGGCAAAGAGCCGGAAAACAUUUGCAGCACUGUAGGGCGGCGUGCUCUCAGCACACCUAUUUACGUUGAGUACUUCCCAGGCUCUGUGCUCAAAAUGGCAAGUAAUCUUUUGAAGUCAUCUUCCAUAUCUGUAAGGGCAAAAUUGCUCCAUCAAACAGGAUUGUCACUUUAUAGUACAUCACAUGGCUUCCAUGAGGAAGAGAUUAAAAAAAAACUUCUACAGUUUCCUGGGGGAUCCGUUGACCUUCUGAAGAAAGACAAUGGCAUUGGCAUUCUUACUCUGAACAACCCAAGCAAAAUGAAUGCCUUCUCAGGUGUUAUGAUGUUACAGCUUCUGGAAAAAGUGAAUGAAUUAGAAAAUUGGACAGAGGGAAAAGGUCUCAUUGUCCAUGGAGCAAAAAAUACUUUCUCCUCGGGAUCCGAUCUGAAUGCUGUGAAAGCAUUAGGAACUCCAGAGGAUGGAAUGGCCUUAUGUAUGUUCAUGCAAAACGUCUUAACAAGACUUAUGAGACUUCCUUUAAUAAGUGUUGCACUGGUUCAAGGUCGGGCAUUGGGUGGAGGAGCAGAAUUUACGACGGCAUGUGAUUUCAGAUUGAUGACUAAAGAGAGUGAGAUCAGAUUUGUCCACAAGGAGAUGGGUAUAAUACCAAGCUGGGGUGGUGCUACCCGGUUGGUUGAAAUCAUUGGUAGUAGACAAGCUCUCAAAGUGUUAAGUGGAACUCUCAAAUUGGAUUCAAAAAAAGCUUUGAACAUAGGAAUGGUUGAAGAGGUGUUGCAGUCUUCAGAUGAAAAUGAAUCUCUAGAAGAGGCACAAGAGUGGCUAAAGCAGUUUAUCACAGGGCCACCGGAAGUAAUUAGAGCUUUGAAAAAAUCAGUUAUUUCAGCCAGAGAGCUUUGUUUCGAAGAAGCGUUACAAGCUGAAAAAGAUCUUGUGGGAACAGUUUGGGCUGGACCCGCAAAUUUAGAGGCUAUUGCUAGGAAAUCAAAAUUUAAAUAGUUUUUCAAAAAUAUUAUGUGCUAUAAGUAAACCUCUAAAUUUUAGAACAUAUAAAAGUUAAAUGAUUAACUUAAACAUGAGCAUCAAUUAUUCUCAAGGCUAUUACUAGCAUUUGGCUUUAUAUAAUUUCUAGAAUACCUGACCUCAUUAGCGUAGUUUUCAGUAUAUUUGGGUCUUCACCAAGUAAUCUAUAACACUGUUUAAAAUAUACUUUGACUUAAAAGUUAUAAAGUCCCAAGUUCCCAUAGUAGUUUUAGUCUGUAGCUAAAGAUAGGUUUUAAAAGUUAAAGUUUCUACACAAAACCCAUUCCUGGUGUUACUAUUAGUCAUGUCUUUGCGCCACAUUACUUGGAAAUAACUUACGAAAAUAACAAUAAACCUUGCAAUUAGUGAAGAAAAAAUUGGACUGGUUGGGGAGUAAGGUAAUUGUAGGUACCAUGAGCCAUUUUGUUCUGUCCCAAGAAUAAGAGCCAUGGGGAACAGCCCUCCUUUUAGAUGCUUCUCAUCUUCAGCCACCUAAAAAUAUGGAGCCUUAGUUGAUAUGUUUAAUAGUUUUCUAUUAUAAAUUAUAUACUAAACAAUGAUAACUCUCAUAAGGAAAGUCUUCUGUAUAAAAGUGACCAUUUGUGUACCUUGGAACUUUCAAACUGGUCCAGUUUACAUAGUACAAUUUAAUUUUACAUUCAAAACUACAAUUCAUGAAGCAUCUUAUAGAUUUGCAUUUUAUAGCAGAUUUCUUUUUUCCCCCUGGAACUAGUGUUUUUUUUUUUAAUCUUUAAAAUUUAUAAAAACACAACUUAAACUUUAGAAUCUCAGUGAUACAAAUUUUUAAAAAAUGUAAGUUUUUGGUAUUAUAACAUUCAAUUCAUAUUUAAAAUCAUAUUACAAAUAACUUGCAUGUGCUUUAUCAACAUUUACUGUUUUUAGUUUAAAAAUACAGUAAGACAAGCUCACAUUACUUUUGUUUGGAACAGAUUCUAGAUUACCUAAUUAACCUUAUAUAUCCUAUGGUGCCAGUCUAUAUUUUAUAUAGAGUGAAUUUGUUUCUACUAACGUGCUUAUAAACAGGCCUACCAUGUAAUUCAGACUUGUGUUAGACCACUGGUAAUGAAGACAGGCAAGGAAAAU